CAGUUUUCCUCGCUGCACUUUUUUAUCAAGUCUUCAAGUGACAAAUAUAUCUUGGUGCCAUAGCACAUGGAUUUCAGGACUGCAUGUGAAGAGACAAAGACAGGGAUUUGUUUGCUGCAGGAUGGUAACCAGGAGCCUUUCAAAGUGCGGCUGCACUUAGCCAAAGAUAUUUUGACGAUUCAAGAACAAGACGUGAUCUGUGUGUCUGGUGAACCUUUUUAUUCUGGUGAAAGAACUGUAACUAUUAGAAGACAAACUGUAGGAGGAUUUGGAUUAAGUAUAAAGGGAGGAGCAGAGCAUAAUAUUCCAGUGGUUGUUUCCAAAAUUUCCAAAGAGCAACGAGCGGAACUCUCAGGCUUGCUGUUUAUAGGAGAUGCGAUUCUACAGAUUAAUGGAAUUAAUGUAAGAAAAUGCAGGCAUGAAGAAGUGGUCCAAGUUCUUCGAAAUGCUGGAGAAGAGGUGACCCUAACUGUGUCCUUUCUCAAAAGAGCACCUGCAUUUCUCAAACUGCCCCUCAACGAGGAUUGUGCAUGCAUUCCUAGCGAUCAGAGUAGUGGCACAUCAUCACCUCUGUGUGACAGCGGUUUACAUCUUAACUACCAUCCCAAUAAUACGGACACACUUUCAUGUUCUUCAUGGCCUACAUCUCCAGGGCUUAGGUGGGAGAAGAGGUGGUGUGAUCUCCGAUUAAUCCCACUCCUUCACUCCCGGUUUUCCCAAUAUCUCCCAGGAUCAGACAUGUGCAGGCAAAAUGCAUUCCAAGUAAUUGCUGUCGAUGGCAUUUGCAGUGGAAUAAUUCAGUGCCUCUCUCCCGAAGACUGUGUUGACUGGCUGCAAGCAAUAGCAACGAAUAUUUCCAACCUCACAAAGCACAAUAUUAAAAAAAUCAACAGGAAUUUCCCCGUAAACCAGCAGAUAGUCUACAUGGGCUGGACAGAAGAACGGGAGCAAGAUUCUCUUCAGGACCGAAUGUAUACACCAAAGUUUCUAGCAUUGAGGGGUUCUUCACUUUAUAAAUUUAUUGCACCUCCAGUUACUACGUGGGACUGGACUCGAGCUGAAAGAACAUUUUCUGUAUAUGAGAUCAUGUACAAAAUACUCAAGGACAGUGAUCUACUGGAUCGGCGAAAACACUGCUUUGGUGUCCAGUCUGAAACGGGAGAGGAUCUCUACUUUUCUGUGGAAUUAGAAUGUGACCUCAUACUAUGGGAAAAGGCCUUCCAGUCAGCAACAUUUUUAGAAGUGGAACGGAUACAGUGCAAGACAUACGCCUGUGUUCUGGAGAGUCAUCUAAUGGGGCUUACCAUAGACUUUGGCAUGGGCUUUGUGUGCUUUGAUGCUGCAACAAAGGCUGUACUGUGGCGGUACAAGUUUUCCCAGCUUAAGGGGUCUUCAGACGAUGGCAAGAGCAAAAUCAAAUUUUUGUUCCAAAAUCCAGAUACUAAGCAGAUUGAAGCAAAGGAAUUGGAAUUUUCCAAUCUCUUUGCAGUCCUGCAUUGUAUCCACUCAUUCUUUGCUGCCAAAGUGGCGUGUUUGGACCCACUCUAUGUUGGCAGUCAAGCCACGGCAGCUUCUUCUUCUGCUGCUGCUACCACUGCUGCUGUUGCUACUGUGUCUUCUGGCAGUACCAAAUUAAAGUAUACGACUUGA